AUUUAUUAAAAAUGAGUUCUAGUGGAGAAGUUGAUGAAGACACAAAGCAAGAGUCUGAAGAUACAAAACAAAAAUCAAUUUUUGAAAAUAUGCUGGCUAAGUUCAGUCCAGUAGUUAGGGAGAAAAUUGAAAAUGAGCGGAAAAGAGAGCUACAAGUUGCAGCUAGUAAAUUUAACAAGAAAGGAAGAUGCAAGUUAUGCACUUUGAAGUUUCCAUGAAAGCACUUUACUAAAGAACAGCCUGAGGAAAUACCUGUUAAAAGAGAAGGAUCUCCUGUUAAAAGAGAAGGAUCUCCCGUUCAAAAGCCAAGAUCUAAGUUAAGCUCUCAAAGUGUGAAACGAGAGGAAAAUGUACAACCUCCAGAGACACUGAAUGAGGAAUUUAAGGAGGAGGAAAACUAUUCUGAAGAAAAAGAGCAAAAAGAUAUCACCAAGAGCCCAGUCCUCAAGAAGGAACUGAUGCGGACAGUCCGUGUUAGAGGGAAGAACAGCUUGUACAAAUGGAGAAAGCAGGACAUUCGGAGGUCCUCCAAAGGCACCAAUCACUUGAAGAGAAAGAAUUCCGAGCAGGAAGCUAGGCACAAAGUCAAGCUUCUUGAGAAGCUUCUCAAGUACAAGCAGGAGAAGAUUCGGAAAGAAAAGGAAAAGAUUGAGGAAGAGCACAAGUUGAGAAAAAUAAUGAUUCUCAAGGAGAAAUAAAGACCGAGCCAAAAUGCUUAAGUACAACCAGAAGUUGAAGAAAAUGUUGGCUAAUUGGGAGAGUGAUAAGCCCAAGCCCAAUUCACCUAAGAGGAUGGCCAAGACCAGCCAUUUUAGAGGCAAGCGCUUUUUCACAAAGCGAGUCUCUUCAAAUCAACCUCAUAUCAAGCAUUCACAGAUACCCAGAUGGAACGAGAAGGAGCUAUCGCCUGAAAUAGUAACCCCACAUGCAGAUUUCCUGACCAAUGAUGACAUGGAAUACAUCAAUAUCGCAACUCACUUUCCUAACGUUAAGACAUCUAAGAAUCGGCCAUCCAAUGUCUUUAGAAGUGUCAAUGUCAGCCAUCACAAGAAGAAGAGGAAGAGUAAUUAUAGUGGUUACUAAGCAAGCUAGGCUGGAAUAAAGACCAGAUUCUUGCAUAUCCAGACUUGCUGGUCUUGCUGGCCAACAGGGUUUUAAUCGUAACCUCUUCUAACCUAAAUGAAAUACUUGAUCUUUCUGCUUCCUU